AUGCCGUCACCGUCAGGCGCCUUCUGGCACCGACCGUCACCGUUGCGUACCGGCAAAAUUGCUUUGCAUUGUUUUGAAAGAACGGCAACCCACUAUACCCGUCCGUCACCGGCCACGACCGUGUCCCACAUGCUGCUGAACUCUCCAUCGCAACUGAUGCAUUUCUUCUGGUUAGCUCCGGUUUCUGACGGAGCUAACCAGACGGGCAAGUGGGUUAUCGCCGGAAAAAUGACGGUGAAGGCGGCGACUGACGGUGACGGUCGGUGCUGGACGGUGCCUGACGGUGACGAGUUGGAUCUGGACUAUCUGGAGAGAAGGGAAAAUAGACCAGCGCGUCCGCUGUCUAUAGUAGAAACGAGCCCUGACUCGAUUGAUCUUGUGAAGGUCAUCUUGUUGGGAGCUCCCAGAGUGGGAAAAACAUCAUUAAUUCAGCAGUUCGUCUGGAAUGACUUCCCUUACCACUACGAGACAACUGAGAAGAAGCAGACCUACUAUCCUUCUGUCAUUAUCAACAAUCAUAUGUACGAGCUGAAGAUCUUCGACCUGCCGGCCAUCCCGUACUUCCCGGUCAAUUCUUUCUAUGAAUGGACCGACUUCCGUUUCUACGGUCUGCGCAGCGCCACCGCUUAUAUGCUCGUAUUCGAUCUGAAUGAAACUGACAGUUUCCAGUACGUGAGCAAGAUGCGAGACCAGAUCACGGAGAGCCGGGAUGAGUCAGAGGUGCUGUUCGUGGUGGUCGGUAACAAGGAAGAUCUUGCGCGCCACAAACGCGAUAACGAGGUGUUGAAGACACGCGACGCCAUAUCGACUCUGGUCAGACGCCACUGGAUGAGCCGCUACGUGGAAUGCAGCGCCAAGCAUAACUGGAGGGUGACCGAGGUGUUUAAGCAGCUGAUGGAGAUGAUCGACGAGGCUCAGAUGAACGGGCGUCUGUUCGCGGCUGCAGAGUAUGAGGCACUGAAGGCGAACGAAAUUGAAGAGGCGGGCGGAGGUGGAGCCGGCGGAGGUGGAGCCGGCGGAAGUGGAGGCGCGAGCGGAAGUGGAGCGGGCAGAGAUAAGCCCCGCCACCGAUGCUCAAUAUUGUAAUCGAACAACCCAAAAAAAACAUCCCAGAUGAACCCUAUCCCAGAUCCCAAAAAAUGGCCUACGUGUUAUGCUUGUCUUGAAUCUUCAAACAAUUUAUUGCUUGCGAAUAUCCCUGAGUAUGCUAUACAUGUUCAUUGAAUGUUGUCUUCAAUCUUAAAAAAAUAUUGCUUGAUGUUUGAAUUAUUGCGAAUAUCCCUAAGUAUGCUAUACAUGUUCAUUGAAUGUUGUCUUGAAUCUUCAAAAUAAUUAUUGCUUGAUGUUUGAAUUGGGAAUAUCCCAAAGUAUGCUAUACUUGUUCAUUGAAUGUUACUACUAAGUAUAUAUGUUAUGGUACGAUAUGAACGUAUCAUCUCUGGUUAGCCACUUUAAGGGCCGCAUAAUAUACAUCAUACCAAAGUCUGUGAAAACUUAAGGUUGCAGCACCUUUGCUCUUACGGAGUACAUUGAAGCCAGAGACUGUGAUCUAAUUGUGAUAGAGAAAUAACGGUAAAGUCAGUAUUUUUUAUAGAGUUGGAUAAAAAUGGUAACAGUGUGCUCCUUGUUAUAUUGAAAUAACAUGGAGCACGCAGCCCCCUGCUGUGACCUAGGGUUGGAACGGAUAUAAAUAUGAUAUAUAUACACGAUUCUUUAAAACCGAUCUCAACCUGAGGUUUAGCAACAUCUAGACGCAUUCUGAUCGUUUCAUCUCAUUGGUCAAGUCCCGCCAAAGAGUUUGACUAAGAACGCUCUAAAGAAUCGAAGGGGCACGGCCCUUAAUUUGGCUUCUAGAUAUUGUCAAUGUGAAAUUAAACGGUCACAUUGCUAUUAGGAAUAAGUAAUCAUUAUUGAUGUUGAAUCGAUGUUUCUGUUAGGUUAUAAGGCAUAAGAGAUGCAACGUUCUCUUUAUUAAAUUAUCAGAGUACACCGAUAAAACUUCAAUCAACAUCUGAAGUUGAGCCAUUUUUAUUUCAAGAACAUGAAAGCGUAGAUUCAUAGACUAUCUCCUUCAUUGCAAGUAUCUUUCUCUCUUCUUUCUAUAUUUUCUUUUUCUGCGAGUUAUGCUCACAUUACACGAUUAAUAAAUUCAACUAGCCUUUGAUGAUUUGAAUAGACUGAAUGAAGGAAAUGACGAUCUUAGAAUGUGGGAUCAAAUAAAAACAGGAUUGGGUGUUUGUCGUGAUAAAGCUUUUCAUCAGGCGAAAUUUAAAGAAUUCUAUUUUUGGCAGAGCAUUAUAUACGAAUUUAUAGCUAAGGAUGUAGUUUGUUUAUAUUUUUAUGUAAUCGUUUGUUCAUAUAUUUCGGUUAUGAACUUUGUUGUUACAUUCAUAAUAUUUUGUAAUAUUUAGCAGUUUAUUCCUGUAUCUAUCCUUCAAUCUUUAUUAAUUCACCGUAUUUGUCAGUGUUCUAAUUAUUUAUUAUUUAUGUGAUGAAAUUCAUUUUUAUUCUAUGAUACAUUUAUUUCAUAAGAAUAUAUAUCAUACUUUCUAUGUCAAUGUAACACUCUUAUAAUUUAUUGAUUUUUUUGCAAUACUGAUUUUGAAAUAUUGUAUCAAUUACUUACUUACGUCAUAAUUUUGAAUGUUUAUAAUUGAUAUAAUUUCUAUAUUAUAUCAUAAUGUUAUAAUGUUUAUUUUUUUAUAUUUGAUGUAAUUCAAGUUACUUUCAAUUGAACUCAAGUUUUUAAAUAAUUUAUUUUCCAAAUCGAAAAUGAUUAUUAGUUGAAAAUUUUAUUCUAACUUCUAAGAUAUACUUCUUGAUUGAAUUUUACUAUUCCUUCCGAUUAUGAACGGGAGAACAUUCUCCGAAGGAUAAAAAGUAUUAUAAUCCAAUGAAGGAGAAUCUCUACCUUAACAUCUACCCCAUAACUAUCAUAUUUCAUAUAACCCUAUAAACUUGACGCUUAUCAAGAUAUAUAUGUAUCUUUCGAUUUUUGUAUGUAUUAAAAAACCUAAAAA